AUGUUGCAGUUGUCAAAUCGUGAUAUGCCUGUGAUACCGGGUACCAAAUUAGUUGGAAAAGAACUGGAGUAUUUAAAACUAAUGGUUGCAGACCUAUUGAGUAGGAAAAGCCCAUCAUUCCCCGGAUCACAACCAGUGUCUUUUGAAAGGAAUCACUUGGAGGUUUUGAAGAAUCGAGACUAUUAUGUUUGUGAAAAGUCGGAUGGUUUAAGAUGUUUAUUAUUCAUAAUAAAUGACCCAGAACGUGGAGAAGGUGUAUUCUUAAUAACAAGAGAGAAUGAUUAUUAUUAUGUUCCUAAUAUACAUUUCCCACUAUUGUCUAACGAAGAAAAGGGUAAAACAUACCAUCACGGAACUUUAUUGGAUGGAGAAUUGGUUUUAGAGACGAAAAAUGUACCUGAACCCUUUUUGAGGUAUUGGAUUUUUGAUUCAUUGAGUAUAAAUGGUAAGGAUAUUACAAAUAGACCAUUACCCACCAGACUAGGUUAUAUAACUGAACAUGUAAUGAAGCCUUUUGAUAGUUUCAAAAAAAAGAAUCCUGAAAUUGUCAAUUCACCAGAUUUUCCUUUUAAAGUAAGCUUUAAACUAAUGACGGUGUCUUAUCAUGCAGAUGAUGUUUUAUCUAAAAAAGACCAGUUAUUUCAUGAGUCUGAUGGUUUGAUUUUCACUUGUGCAGAGACUCCAUAUGUUUUCGGUACUGAUUCUACUCUUUUUAAGUGGAAGCCUGCUCAUGAAAAUACCAUUGAUUUUAAGCUUGAAAUUGUCUUCAAUACUUUUGUUGACCCUGAUCUAGAUAAACGGGAUCCUGAUUCUUCAUAUACUGACUAUGACUCCAGGCCUGAUAUAAUCAAAUUAAAAGUAUGGAAAGGGGGUAAAGAGCAUGAUGAAUUUGCAGAAUUAUAUCUUGAAAAAGAUGAAUGGGAACAAUUAAAAGAAUUACAAGAGCCAUUACAGGGUAGAAUAGUUGAAUGUAGGAAAAAAGUUGAUAAACCACCUUAUUGGGAGAUGCUUAGAUUUAGAGAUGACAAAGCUAAUGGUAAUCAUUUUACUGUCGUGCAAAAAAUUUUACAGAGUAUUCAAGAUGGAGUUAGUGAAGAGGAAAUCAUUAAAUCAUGUCCUGAAAUCAAUCAUUUAUGGAAGAAAAGAUAUCAAGAAAAGAAACAAAAACCAUCAUCAUCAUCUAUAACAUCCCAUUCUCAUCAUCAUAAUCCACCAAUGAAUAAUUUACCACCAAAGCCGGAGCAAGAAGCACCUAAAUUAGAAAAAGAGUCACAACCGCCGACUAAGAAACAAAAAGUCGAAAGUUCAUCUAAUGGUUCUUCUAAUGAUACAAAUAAGAAGCCAGAAAUGUUGGACGAUCUAUUACCUGAUUAUGAAGGAGAUAGUGAUGAUCUGGAUUAA